AUGGACACGAACUUGAUGAGCGUGAUUGCCUUCCAAGGUAACGUCUAUUAUGCCGAAGGGCAUGGAUGCGUGUUCAAGAUUGUCGGACCACCUGAGCAGUUUCGUCAUGAGCUCGUAGCCCAAUUGUUGCACGACGUGGACGCAUGGCACAACAGCCUUGUCGAGUCUGACGGGGAACUGUUGCUCGUACGCCAUGGCAGGACAGCCUUGAAGGUUUUCAAGGUCGACAUCGAGCGCAGGUUGUUGGAGGAGAUCAAGAGCCUCGGCCGCAGUCGUGCUUUGUUCAUCGGCGAUCACAGGUGCUUGUCUGUGGAUGUGGAUAAGCUAAUUCCUCCAGUCGACGGUGACUGCAUAUACCUGCCAAGUAUGCUGGAAACGCGUUCUGCGUGCAUGUACAACCUAAGGGACGGCACGAUUGGGAUUAUCUCCAGCUCCAGGGACUACUAUCUUGAUCGACCUUUUAGCCUUGUUCAUGUUCUCUUGAAGUACUGCAAUGCCUGGAGUAGGACACACGCAAAAAAAUCCGAUCGAGCACACCGAUCGAUCAUGGCGGACUGGGCGGAGCUUCUACCGGAGCUUGUCCAAGCCAUCGCCGACUGCGUCCUCUCCACCACCGGCGGCGGCGGUGAGGGGUACAUGAACAUGAGGGUCGUCUGCUCCAGCUGGCGCUCUGCAAUUUCCAAGCCAUCUCCACUCGCCGCCAUAGCCGACCUCCGUUUCCGGCCACGGCACUGGGUCAUGCUCAACCUGCCAUCCAAGUACGAGGAUGGUGACGACGACGAUGCCUGCCUCUUCUUCCACGUCCUCACCGGGCGGUUCCGCUGCUUACGCCUCCCGCUGAUUCAUGACCACAUCCUCAUUGGUGCCUCUGAUGGUCUUCUCGUGCUCGGGGAUAGGGAUCAGUCCCCGCACCUGGCUUGUGUUCUAAACCCCUUGACAGGCGAUAUGCUCCCCUUUCCCGCGCCAGUACAUCAACGUUUUGACGAUAUUAUGUCAACAGCGGUGAGCGGCGGCUCUCAUACGACGCUUUUCUCGUGGGCAUCUGAAACAGUUGUAUGUGCUUCUCCAACCAGCGAUGUCCUUAGGGAGGUGGACGUUGGCUCGAGCAUGAAUAGCAUGGUUACCUUCCAAGGUAACGUCUAUUAUUCCGAUCAGGAUGGAUGGGUAUUCAAGAUUGUCGCACCAUGUGAAGAAAAAACAGUAGUAGUAGCCAAGGUGUCGCCGGAUAAGUACAUAAAUUUCGAGAGAAAAGGAAACACGUGCUCUGAACUCGUGGAGUCUUGCGGGGAACUUUUGCUCGUUCACGGUUGGGACCAAACCUUGAAAGUUUUCAGAGUAGAUAUCGAGCACAAGUUGUUGCAGGACGUCAACAGCCUUGGCAGCGACCGCGCACUGUUUCUCGGCGAUGAGAGGUGCAUAUCUGUGGACGUGGGUAACCUUCCGUCUGUCGACGGUGACUGCGUAUAUUUGUUUAAUUGGGUGGAAAAUUCAAAAUGCAUGUGCGUGUAUAAUCUUAGGGACGACAAGAUGGAGGUUAUCUCCAGCAUAUACCAUCUUGAUCGACCUUUUAGCCUUGUUCAGGUUCUCUUGAGUGCUUCUGGGGGUUACAACUCUGGCUUAAAACCAAUAUGUGAGGAGACUAUCAUUCUGUGA